UCAUUGUCUCAUGAGGGUGGCUAACAAGCUCAAGUUCUGGUGGAAUUGAGAGCCUGCACAUUUAUAAAGAUGGAUUGAUUGUCAAUGUUCGGUUACUAUGGACCAGAUUUCAAUAUUAGAUACUAGGUAGAUUGUAUCAAGUCCAUAUGGUUUGCUGGGUACUGAGCCAGGUACCCUAUGGGCAUCAUUUCACUUACUCCUCACAAUUAACCUGUGAGGAAUUUACUUUUACUCUCAUUUGACUGUUGUGACAACUAAAGCCCAGACAAGUAAACUAAUUUGUCUGGAGUCAUCGGGUGUGAGGAUGACGUGCGAUUUGAACCCGAACAGCCUACCUGCCUUACUCCAAACUACUCAACUGUGUUGCCUUCUUGUGAAGGAAGCUUUUAGAAUCCCUUCUCCAUGAAUCUGACGACAAUUUCUUGUCAGUUGGGAUAGUUUACAGCAGUCAUGGGAAGUACAGGACUAGUGGACAAGAAUCUCCAGAGGGAGAGGAUCUGCAGUUUGAAAAUGUCCCCAGGUGUCUUCCUUAUGUCUGUCCCCCAAAGUGAGAACCUCUGACUUAGGACGUCCUACCUGAAUUAUAGGCCUGAGCAUGAUGCCUUCAAAAAAGUAGGGCUUCUCUAACUGGGCAUGGGUAGUUGGUUGCCUGACAUUUAAACAAGUGUCCUCAAAGGCAAAUAAUUCUUUCUCACCCUGUGUCACUCAUACCUGUCAUGAAUGUUGUGGGGUCAAGGUUUUAUUACAGUUGGUUUCCCCUCCGCACUAUCCAUGUCACUCGCCUUCCACAAGGAAGGGAAUACCAUGUAUAUCUUUACCUGAGCCAGGAUUAUAAAGGUUGCUUGGCUACAGAGUAUGUUUCUCAAUAUCCAGUAUGUAGAAAUUCUGGAUUAUGGCCUCUUUCAGGUUUCUCUUCUUAGCGUGGCCAUUUGUUCAACAAAUAUGUAUUGAGCACCUAACUCACAGUCUGAUGGAGGAGACAGUCAGCUGUCCUGGAAUUUGGAUACAUUGGGAUCAAUGGCACAUGGGAGAAGCCCAGUGCUAGGAGAACACAUAGAAAGCGCAGCAUAAGGGUCAGCAUAAGGGCAGCAUAAGGGGAAGCAUCUUCUGAGGUGGAAACUGAAAGAGAAGUGGGGGUUAGCUAAGUGAAGGGGCCAAGAGGGCAUUAGAGGCAAGGCAACGGGGUGAGUGUCGAAUUUUGCAGCUGGAGCAGGAACUGGGCAGGGAUGAGGCUGGAGGAAUAAGCACAGGUCAGGUUAUGAAGGAAGGAAGGUCUAUGAAGGAAGGGCAGUGUGGAACCAUGGAAGGGUUUGAAGCCUGGUCAUGGGUUGGAGACACUUCAAAUAGUGUAGAAAGUUUCCAUAAGUUAAGAAUUGACCCUCCUUAUCUAUAUUGUGUGCUUCUUGGUAAAUCAUAACAUUGGAACUGGUGAGUGACAAAUAAGGAAUCUGGAUCAAUUUUGAGGCAGAAGGUCUGGCCCAUAACCCAAGGGUUCCUUUUGAUUAUCUACAGAGAAGACUUUCCAAUUUUGACUUGAUUUUCUGUCUUUAAAAACCUCUGACAGCAUUUCCUAAAAUUCUCUGAAAACGAAAGGCUGAGGAGAGAGCAGAGUGGGGACUGCAUGACUUUGUUCUCUAUGCUCAUUUCUGGGCAUUGCUGUGAAUUGUUCAUCCAAAGCCUUGUUCCCCUUGAGGAAUAGCAGCUGGGGAGGAGAGAGAAGAAGGAAACACAUGCAGGGUACAUUCAUUAAGAAAACAUUCAGCAACAGUUGGGUUAAAAUAACUCCCUGUGAAAAAUUCAUGUGGCUUUACAAGUGAGUGUUCUACUACAAGCUCACAGAGCAGCACAGAUUCUCCAGGCCCCUGGCAGCUGACAUCACUGAUGGAACAGGGUGUAUAUAGAGCCCAGUGUGGCCGGUGAGGGGACUGUCUGCAGAAGUGAGCUCACCUUCUCUCCUGGAACCCAGAGAGGGAGGAGACAGAAGGAACUGUUUUGUUCAUGAGCCUCUGAGCUAGGUGACCUACUUUUCUCCCUAUGGAUCACACUCAUAUAAUUGAGGACAUUAAAAUUAUAGUGAGUUUUGCCUGGAUGUUUUAGGUGAGAUGUAUUGGAUUUCAGAAUUCAAAAAACCACCUUCCUGGCUCCUGUUCCUUCUUAGUCAUGGACCCUGGGUUCACUGCUCUCUCCAUCUCUCCAGUGUUUCCUUCCCAGACAGCCUGGUCCUCUCCUUCUUGCAGGUGGUUAUGAAGGACCUACCCCUUUGUCCCUCCUCCUCUCUGUUCACAGUGCCCAUGUGGGUCUAAGUGUGUAAAGGGAAGUGUGUACUAUACGUUCUUGGCCAGCAGUACAGCUGAAUGGAUGAUGCAGAAUGAGGAAAAAGGGGCCAAAGUGAUAUCUAUCCUUGGGUAGCAGAUUUUGGGGCUAAGAGUUUUAAGACUGAGAGACCAAUAUUUGUAUUUGAAACUCUGAUGAUAUAUAAAACAUGGGUCUGUAGUUGUAGCAAGGCCCUCUAGCCCAUGAAUUAAUGUGUUAUUACUCACGCUCAAUCAGCGUGCACACUUAGUGCCUGUGAAUUCUUGCACAACGCAUUCAUGCCCUGUUGUGUCUUACCGCCUAAUUAGUCCAUAAAGCUACAUGUUUUACAAGGAAUUAUGACAUGUGGUGUGUAAAAAAGGAGAAUGUUGGGGUGCCAGGGUGGGUCAGUUGGUUGAGAGUCCGACUCCUGAUACUGGCUCAGGAUUAGAUCUCAUGGUUUUGAGUUGGGUCCUGUGUUUGGCACCAUGCUGGGCAUUGAGCCUACUGAAAAAUAAAAUUAAAGAAAAGCAGGAUGUUGGGACCUAUUGGGUAGUUUUUCUGGGGGGAAAGCAGGAUUGAUUUUUCCUAUGGUGUCUUUCGGUGUCAGUUUCUGUGAUACUUGGGCUGCAACAAGUUACAUGCGACUUUUCAGUUUCAGUUGGUUGGUUGAACACCAUUUUUCAGUAAAUAUUUAUUGUCUCCCUAGGCAUUAUGGAAGGACAGCACAUACCAGACGAAAUAUAGAGCAGCAGCUCUGAAGCCUGAGCAAUGGACCUUGAGCCCCAACCCGACUGGGAUUAACUCAGCCUCACUGAACCAGAUCCAACACUGUUGGCUCCCUGGGCUUGCUACAGCUCCCUGAUCCUUAGAAUCUUUUCAAUUCCAGCUAGAAUGCUGCAUCAGGCACUUCGCAGACUUGGUCGAAAGCUGGUACGCAGACGUCCGCUGGAGGAAAAAGUGUUUCAGUUUGAAACUGACAUAAAACUGCGCACUCUGGAUUUAGUGGCCCUGGGUGUGGGCCGCACCGUGGGUGUUGGUGUGUAUUUCCUGGCUAAUGAGGUGGCCAGUAAUCAAGCAGGACCAUCCAUUGUGAUCUGCUUUUUGGUGGCCGGCCUGACUUCCUUGCUGGCUGGGCUGUGCUAUGCAGAGUUUAGUGUCCGGGUUCCCCAUUCUGGGUCUGCAUAUCUCUACAGCUUUGUCACUGUAGGUGAACUCUGGGCUUUCAUCACUGGCUGGAACCUGAUCCUCUCCUUUGUUGUCGAUGCAUUCGUUUUGAUCCAGGCCUGGUCCUUACCUUUCGACAUCCUGACUGGGACCCGGAUCUCUGAGACCCUGCAUGAGAGCAUCUCAGAGCAAGUUCCCCAAUUCUUUGCAGACAAUGUGAACUACUUUUUUGUCCUCUUUCUGUUUCUCUUCAUGGAAGUUCAAUAUGUGGAUGAUCGUGGACUCUUCAGAAUUUUCGAAGUGUUCACAUUGGUGAAGCUUUUGGUUCUCAGUUUUGUCAUCAUCUCUGGCUUCAUUAAGGGGGACCUGCACAACUGGAAUCUCACAGAAGAGGACUACAUACAGGCUGGACUCAAUGACACCUCUAGCUUGCNACACCUCUCGUUGGGCCCUCUGGGCUCUGGAGGAUUCAUGCCUUUUGGCUUCCAGGGGCUUCUCCGAGGAUCAGCUUCCUGUUUCUAUACAUUUAUAGGUUUCAGCGUUAUUGUUACCAGAGUCAAAGAAUCGCACAAUCCCCAGCGUUCCAUCCCCAUGGCCAUUGUGGUUUCACUGCUCAUCUGCUUUUUGGUGUAUUUCGGUGUCUCUGCGGCACUUACACUCAUGGUGCCUUACUACCAGCUUCGACCUGGGAGCACCUUGCCUGAGAUAUUUCUCCAUAUUGGCUGGGCCCCUGCCUACUAUGUUGUAGUUAUUGUAAUAUUUUGUAAUGUUUUUGUCUACGCCUCCUGGAGCUUUACAUUCCCCAUACGUAUGGUGAUAUACAUGAUGGCAGAGGAUCGCCUCCUGUUCCCUGUUCUUGCCAGGAUCUAUACUGGCACAUAUGCCUCUAUUGUAGCCACUGUGAUCUUCGUCACUAUCGCAGCAAUCAUGGUAUUCUUCUUUGGACUCACUGAUCUUCUGGACCUGAGGUCAAUUGGGACCCUGGUAUCUUAUUCCCUGGUAGCUUUUUGUGUUCUCAUCAUCAGGUAUCAGCCCGAGAGGAGGAAGGAGGAAAAUGAAGAAGCGCUGCAGGGGGAGAAUGAGGGAAAUGAAGCGCAGCUGCGGGAAGAGAAUGGACCUGCAGCAGAGAAGCUGACUCUACAGGGACUAUUUUUUCCAGGCAGCCCUACCCCCACUCCACUCUCUGGCCGGGUUGUCUAUGUUUGCUCCUCACUGCUUGCUCUGCUGCUGACUCUCCUCUGCCUGGUGCUGGCCCUGGCCCACUGGCCAGGUCUGCUUUCUGGAGACCCAGGGCCGAUCACAGUGGUCGUGCUGCUCCUGGCGCUCAUCACUGGGGUCACUGGGGUCAUCUGGAGACAGCCACAGAGCUCCACUCCCCUUCCCUUUAAGGUCCCUGCUCUGCCUCUCCUCCCACUCCUGAGCAUCUUUGUGAAUGUCUCCCUUAUGAUGCAGAUGACAGCUGCCACCUGGCUGAGAUUUGGUGUCUGGAUGCUGAUUGGGUUUGCUAUCGGCUAUGGGAUCCAGCAAGCCUGUUCGCUUAACCGCACAUAAGGGCCCAAACUGUCGACCUUGACCUCAGCAGAGUCAGUACUUAUUUGGCCUGACGUCAUCAAACCUGAAUGCAGUCUGGUCACCUGCACAAUAAUGGGAGUACUCUUGAGCACACAGAAAUCUAGAGCGCCUAUCAGAUAUUGGUGGGGGAACCGUAAUAGAGCUCUGUAAUUUUGGUACAGUGAAGGGUGUGUCUUUGCUCUCUCUCCUUUAUUUAUUUAUUUUUUUUACUUUCUACUUUUCAGUUGUGUCUAUAGCGGCUUACUGGCUUUUAUAAAAUUAGUAUUAAAAGAAACUUGAAAUAGUG